AUGACCUUCGAAACAGAACGCACCAUUCUCCGCGCCUACGAGCCUUCCGACGCCGAGAAGAUAUACGAGCACUGGAACUCACUCGAGAUCCAAGAUCUCGCGUUCAUCGACUGCGCAGCCCCCCGCACGAAGAAAUUCGUCGAGAAGAGCGCAGAGCAUAUACAAGCCAACGAUGGCAUAUUCAUCAUGGUCACAAACAAGGACAACGGCCAAUUCAUCGGACAGUUCAGCUUCACUAUGCCUUCGAAGAAGAACCGUGUGGGCGAGAUCGGUAUCUCGGUGGUCGAUGCGUACAGAGGAAAGGGGUACGGAAAGGAGAUCCUGACUUGGGUAGUGCAGCAUGGAUUCAGGGAUUGCGGUUUACAUCGCAUCACUCUGGGUACAGUCGAGCACAACACAGCGGCACUAGCGUUGUAUAAAAGCGUCGGUUUCGUUGAAGAGGGUAUCUCGCGAGAAGCCAACUGGGUUGGUGGGAAGUGGCGAGGAAUGAUCACCCUCUCUAUCCUCGAGCACGAGUGGGACAUCGAGCAGGGAAGGAAGCGCGAAUGA